GUCCAUACUCGUUUCUAUGACCAAGCGUGUAGAAUAAAACACGCUCUCUGUUUCUUUGAGGCGACUCACGUUUUCUCUCACUUCGCCGUGUUUCACCACCUGAAUGAGUAAUAAAUACAAUUCAGCAUAGCCAUGUCAGUUUCCGAGCCACAGCCAAUGGACUCCGGCGGAGCGGGAGGGUAUGGAGCCUUUUACCCGGCGGGAUACCAGGCGCUGCAACCGGAGGAGCACGGCCUAGAUCGCGGCUUCCGACUCACGGCCUUUUCCGAUAUGAAAGGAUGAGGGUGUAAAGUCCCGCAGGAGACUCUGCUCAAACUCCUGCAGGGACUAGAGCCUGACCGCCCGCCCGGAGAGGACGGCGGCUCGGGGACGGGUGUUGGAGACGAGACUGCUGAUUUCGGGCAACUUGUUUCAGUUCCCCAGGGUCCUCGACUAGGUAUUGGAAUGGACUCAUGUGUGAUCCCUCUGAGGCACGGGGGUCUCUCCCUGGUCCAAACCACAGAUUUCUUCUAUCCUUUAGUGGAGGAUCCUUACAUGAUGGGACGAAUUGCCUGUGCAAAUGUUCUGAGUGAUCUGUACGCUAUGGGCAUCACAGAGUGUGACAACAUGCUCAUGCUUCUCAGCGUCAGUCAGAAGAUGAAUGAGAAGGAGAAAGAGCUUGUGAUGCCUUUAAUGAUGAAGGGCUUCCGUGAUGCGGCGGAGGAGGGCGGGACUUCAGUAACCGGGGGACAAACAGUCAUCAAUCCCUGGAUCAUCGUCGGGGGCGUGGCCUCCGUUGUGUGCCAGCCCAACGAUUUCAUCAUGCCUGAAAGUGCUGUACCUGGAGAUGUGUUGGUUCUCACUAAACCUUUGGGAACUCAAGUAGCAGUGAAUGCCCAUCAGUGGCUGGAUAUACCUGAGAAAUGGAACAAGAUAAAGUUGGUGAUUUCCAAGGAGGAGGUGGAGCAAGCUUAUCAGGAGGCUAUGCUCAACAUGGCCACCCUCAAUCGCACUGCUGCAGCCUUAAUGCACAAAUUUAAUGCACAUGCUGCCACAGACAUCACAGGCUUUGGGAUCAUAGGUCACGCACGGAAUCUCGCCCAGCAGCAGAGAAAUGACGUUGCCUUUGUCAUUCACAACCUUCCCAUUAUCUCCAAAAUGGCCGCAAUCAGCAAAGCUGGUGGCAACCUAUUUGGGCUUUUGCAGGGCACCUCUUCUGAAACCUCAGGUGGCCUGUUGAUCUGCUUGCCACGGGAGCAGGCAGCCCGGUUUUGCGCUGAGAUGAAAUCCAGUCGUGUGGGUUUGUCGGGAGCAGUGGGGCAGGAUGGAGGGGUGGGCGAUGGGCAACAGGCUUGGAUCAUUGGCAUCGUGGAGAAGGGCAGUCGCUGCGCCCGCAUCAUCGACAAACCUCGGAUCAUAGAGGUCCCGUACCGUGGCUCUGUGGUCAACGCGCAGGAGGCGAGCAACAAUAAUGCUAGUCCUCCUCAGGUUCAGCAGACAUAACAACUCCACAACGCCACAGGGGGUCUCUCAGUGAUCAUUAUUCUUUACCCCUGACCCUUACUAUGAUGAUCGAUUUGAAUGUGUGUGCUCAUAACAGACAUGGUGUUUGUGAAGGACAGAGCGUGUAUGGUUACUCUUGCUGUCCAUUCCUUCCCCCCGUUCAACCAAAGGGUUGAGAGCAACAGACCAAAAAUAUUUUAACUGACCUGGUGGGAGAUGGAAUGGACAAGCUAACGUAUUUUCAUCUCUCAUUCUCUUUUCCAACUCAUUCUUUCAAACACACACACACACACACACACACACACACACACACACACACACACACACACACACACACACACACACACAGCUCCACUCUGUUUUCUUUUUUUUCCCCUUGGUUGACUGUUUUUCAAUGUUUAACAGCUAUUCUUUAAAAGAAUAGUUCACCAAAACCAUAAAAGCUAACUUAAGUUAUUAACCCUUAUGUUGCUUUAAAUCUGUAUGCUGCUAUUUGCUAAUUUUUGUUUUAUUUUUGUUGAACACAAAAGGAGGAAUUUCAGGCAGACAUUUUUCUAUAAAAAACAGUGAAAUCGGUCCUUCUGCACUAUAUUUCAAGUCUUUUAGAGGCCACUGCAAAAAGUGAUUUUGUCUUAUAUUCCAGUAUGAAUAUCAAAUCAUUCUUAAAUUAAGAAACAUUUUCUUGAGAAGCAAAAAAACAUCUUGUUUAUGGAAAAAGUAUAAAAAAGAAGUGAUUUUAUACUUAAAACAAGAGAAAAAUGUUAAUGGGGUAAGAAAAAUAACCCUGUUUUUGUAGUUUUCUUACCCCGUUGGCUGAUUCGUUUUUCAUUUAA